CGUUUUGCGAUGGACCGGCGGCGGGCCGAGACAAAGGCGCCGGCGAAGAAGGUCCCCGGAAACGCCAAGCCUGAGACCAAGUCGUCCAAGAAGGAAGACCAGUUUGCUCGGUCGAGUGGCCGGCUCAAGGAGCUUCAGAAGAACACUGUGAGCAGCGCCAACCGCGUCAAGGCAGCCACCUCCAACCAGAACGUGGCCCCCAAGUCGCCACCCAAGAGCAUCAAUGCCUACAAAGCGCGGGCGAUUGAGAAGACCAAGUUCCGCUACUUUUACGACCGGGGCGAUCUCCCGCUGCGCAUCAACUUCAACGGGGCCGUGCGCAAGGUGCAAUGGCAAGUGGACAUAACAACGCUCGACUACACGCACUACCUGCCGCUCUUCAUCGAGGGCCUCCGUGAGCUCGACGAGCCAUACAAGUUUUUGGCGCUCAACGGCACGCUGGAUUUGCUCGAGAAAGGCGGGGACCGGUCGCUCACGUCCAUUCCGCACUUGAUUCUGCCUAUGAAGCAGAAUCUCAUGACGCGCCAGCCACAGAUCCUCUGUACGCAGAUGAAGGUCCUCCAGAAACUCGUGCUGCUCUGCCCCUACGCCGGCGAGGCUCUCGUGCCCUACUACCGGCAACUCUUGACGAUAUUCAACCUUUUCAUCACCAAGCGCGUCAACUGCGGCGACGCGAUCGACUAUGGCCAGCAGCGCAACGACAACCUCGGCGACCUCAUCACCGAGACUUUGUACAUUAUGGAGCGCCAUGGCGGCGAAGACGCCUUUGUCAACAUCAAGUACAUGAUCCCGACCUACGAAAGCUGCGUCAUUUAGUGCCAGACUACAACUAUGCGCGUAGGGUGUAUUAAGCAUAAAUUACUCGAAUAAAGAAAUGCCAAUCUUAGUGGACUUCAC